GUUAAUUUAACACUUUAUAAAAAGUUUAACAAACAAAUUCAAAUACUCUCUUUAAGUUUUUCUGUUUUUCAAAUCGAAAACGAAAAAUUAUUAAAACAACAAAGAAAUAAAUAUAAAUAGUUGCAUACGUAUGUACCUAAAAAAUUGCGUGUUUUCGUUAUUGAUUUAAUUAAAUCGAAUCGAAUUGAACGGACGUACAAAACGAGCGAACGGUCGGGUCGAAUGAUAAAAAGAAUUGUUGUUAACAAAACAUAAGAUUGUUAUAGGGUUUGUAUGCUUUACGUAGAAGCAUAAGUGCGUGUAAAAAUAAAAUAACGGUUAUUUAAUAAAAGAAGAGACCCUCCUCUCUCUCACUCAUUAACAAGAAAAAAAGGAAAAAACAGUUACAAGAAAAACUAAACAAACAAAACAAAAAAUAAACUAAACUAAACAGUUGACCAUGUCACCAUUUAUGGAAAGAACAUUACUUUUGGUGGCCUUAUUGGCCUGCCUGCAAGUUACAACUGCUUUAAUGUGCUACGACUGCAAUAGUGAAUACGAUCGUCGCUGUGGUGAUCCCUUCGAUCCUUAUUCAAUAGGUGAAGUUAACUGUAGUAAACAGGAACCACGUGAACAUCUCAAGGAUAAGUAUAAACCAAUUUUAUGCCGUAAGACUGUACAAAAGGUUUAUGGCAAAGUACGCAUUGUACGAGGUUGCGGUUAUAUACCCGAUGGACGUACCGAUGACAAAGAGUGCCUGAAACGUUCCGGUACUCAUGAUGUCCAGGCUCUGUAUUGUGCCUGCACCAAUGAUUUAUGCAAUCAUGCUGCAUCAACACUAAACAACAAUAAUAAUUAUUUGAUUAAUUUAUUGCCCUACACAGUAGCUGCCCUAUUCAUAAUGUUUUCGUGUCAACGUAUCAAUUUUCAUUUAAAACAAAAUUCAUAAAUAUAAGUAACAUAAAAUUACAAACAUAAUAAAUAGCAAAAAAAUAAAAAAUAAAUUCAUCUGAAAGAAAAAACCAAAAAAAAAAAUAAUAAAAAAUUAAAUAAAACUUAAUUUGAAACCAAAGGCAGAAGAAAAAAUGAAUUGUGGUAAUGAAAAGUUAAGAGGGAUAAAUAAUUAAGCUAAAUUAUAACAAAAAAACAAAAACAUAAAAACAAAACAUUUACGCUUGACGAUAAAUAAACAAAAUGAUAAAUGAAAAACUUAAAUAAUAAUAAGUUAUUGAUUAAUUGAAAGAGUCUAUAUAUAAAAAAAUAAAAAACAAACAAACAACAAGAACUUUAUUAAACUAAAAUACAGAAAUUAGGUUUGAGUCUUGAAUAACUGAACGAAGUCUUAAUUAAAUUUCAUUAAUUUUGUUUAAAUACAUUUUAUGACAUUUAUGUUAGAUUUUUUUUUCCAAACCAUACAAUAGUAAAACUGCCUAAAGAUUUAUUUAUAAAUUUUAAGUAUUAUAAUGAUAAGAAGAUUUAAUAAAUAAAUAGUAUAAAACAAGUAUAACAAAGAAA